GUGACGUCGUUUUGUGCGCCGACAGUAGGAAGGACCCCGGCGCAGGUUGUCCCAGGAAGGACAUAGACAUGUUUGGGACAUCAGCGUUCCGUGGUUUGAGACUGUCCUGGAAAGCUGGGGUCAUUAGUGUGUCCCAGUUUCAUGUCAGCUCAAAGCAUGGGAUUCAGUAUGGCUACUUGGCAUACAUGCUGGGGGAAAGAACAACCAAACGAUUUGGACCAAACAGCAAGAUCAUUACAAUUGAUGGCAACUUGGCGUCUGGCAAAGGAAAACUUGCACGAAAUCUAGCAGAAAGGCUCGGUAUGAAGUAUUUUCCUGAAGCAGAACAGUUUUAUAUAGACAAGACCAGUGUUGAUGGAGAUCUCCCCCCCUCAACAUACGCUGGCCUUUGCAGCCUGGAGAAGUUUUAUGAGGACCCAAAGAGCCCUGAUGGAAAUUCAUACCGUGUACAGAGCUGGAUGUUUGGCAUACGCAUGCUGCAAUAUGCAGACGCUCUGGAACAUCUUCUACGCACAGGUCAGGGAGUGAUAUUGGAACGCUCUCCCUUCAGUGAUUUUGUUUUCCUUGAAGCCAUGUUAAAGAAUGAAUACAUUCGCCCACAAUGUGUGAAGCAUUAUAAUGAGAUAAAGGAUGUAAGCAUCGAUGAGUUCCUGCCUCCACAUGUAGCUAUAUAUGUGGAUGUCCCAGCUGCUGAUGUGUACAAGAAGAUUCAAGAGAAAGGAAAUGCUUUUGAAAAGAAAGUUGCUCUACCAUAUCUUCAGAGUAUUGAGGAUGCAUACAAAACAUCUUUUCUCCCCAAGAUUAGUGAGACAACUGAGGUUUUACAGUAUCCUGGAGGUGAUGCGUUGAAUGUGGAACAGGUUGCUGAGGAUCUCGAAUACGUGAAGAUCACUAAAGGUCCAUGGUUGGAGCAGAGUGACGUCACCUUCCAUCAUUUACGUCUACUGGUGCAAGAUAAAUACAAGGUUGCCAAUCUCUUUGUCUUGCCCACCUUUAUCCCAGAAGUCACAGUUGGAGGAAUAAUGUAUGACAAGUUAUACUAUCAGUACCGAAAUCUUAAAGGUAAAAAGUAUGCACAGGGAUACAAUGACGAUGUUGGUGACAAGUACAUUUGGCUGAAGUGAAAGAAAAAAUGGAUUUAAAGUUUUGUUCUGAGAAUCUGUUCCCAGUUACUUUACACGACUGCCUGGCAAAACUCUUAAUAUCGUCAUGGCAGUGUAGACAUGGUAAUAGUGCUGCCCUAUGAGCAGCCAAUGUCGUGAUGGAAUUUACAAUAUUUAUAAGACAGGUUUUGUCACCAUAAAAAAUAAAUAAACAAAUUGUAUGUCA